AUGCCGGUGCGGGCAGUGGAGAAGAAAUUGUCGACACCAGUUAAGGCUAGGAGUCGGCGACGAGGGAAGAAGAAGGAAGAAGAUGUGGCUGCCGGAGGAUCGCUCAGCUCUGCGACGAAGUGCUCCAAUGCCAAUGGCUUCACCCUCUCCUCUAUCAUCUCAUAUGUCAUCAAUGUCAUCGAGCAGUUCCACUCCCUCACCAUCGCCUUAGGUCUGGACUCCUACGUCUCCAUUAACAAUGCCCUCAUCAGUAGCUAUAAUAAAGGAUACUUGCUCAAUGAUGAGUUCUCAGAGGAAGGCCUUGAAUGUUUCUGUGAUACACAGCGAGCUAGGGUUAAAUCAGACAAUUGCAUCUUUCUAUACACCAGCAUUGCAUGCUUGAAUUUUCCAUCCCCAUCCCAAGGGAAGCAAAUGCAUGGAAAAACCAUUAAGAUUGAGUCUCCAAGAAAUCAAAUCCCUGUUGAUAAUGCACUAGUUUCCAUGUACGUGAAGUGUGGAAAUCUCAAGGAUGCGAAUAUGCUUUUUGAGAUGAUGCACCAAUGCAACAUGGUCUCAUUCAAUACUAUGAUCACCCCUUAUGCUCACCAUGGAUUUGGUUUGGAAGAAUUGGAGCUAUUUAAAGUGAUUCUUGAUAUAGAAAAUGAGCCCACAAGCAUCAUAUUCAUCUUGGUGUUGUCUACACGUUCUCACACUGGGAAGGUUGAUGAAGGAUGGAAGUAUUUUGAUUCUAUGAGGCAAAAGUAUGAUAUUGAACUCAAAGAAGAACAUUAUUCAUGCAUGAUUUAUCUCUUGGCUUACAACGUGAAGUUUAAGAAGAGAGCUGAGACCAUAAUCAUACCAAUCCUGCAAUGA